AUGGUUCCAGCGUCAGCAGCUCUUCUUGUCUUCGGUUGUCUACUUCUAUCAAUGGUUUCCAGCCUGGAGAUAAACAUGGCUGUUAUUUUGCCUUUUGAUAAUGCAAGACCAUUCAGCAUUCAGAAGAUUAGACCUGCCAUAGAGAUGGCCAGAAGAAGACUGGAAAGAGACCAGGUCCUUUCAGAGUCCACGACAAUUGUGUUCCAUUACGAAGACUCUCGUUGUGACAUUGCACAUGGACUUAACAAGGCCAUCAAGUUGCAUAUUGGCAUUGAAAUGGAUGUCUUUUUAGGACCGGUGUGCGACUUUGCUGUCUACCCUGUUGCAAGGCAGUGCACAUUUUGGAAUCUGCCUAUUAUCUCCGGUGGUGCCAUGGCUGGUGAUUUCACUGUCAUGAGGAAAUCUAUUUUCUUCACUUUGACAAGAAUAGGACCAGCGAAUUUCCAUUCCCUGUCGAACCUACUGUAUUUAAUUCUAAGUCGUUUUAAAUGGAAACGCUUGAAACUUUUAUAUGAGAGGGCCAGAAACAUCCAGUAUGUAGUAUGUUACAUAACACCAUACCUUGUGAUGAUGAGCCUUCAAGCCAAAGGAACAUCAAUUCAAAUGGACUAUUUCAGGUUGAACGACAAUCAAGAUUAUGCUGAAAUGUUUUCCAAGGAAAUUUCCACAUACUCAGUGCCAGCAGCUCUUCUUCUCUUCAGUUGUGUUCUUCUGCCAAUUGUUUCUACCUUGCAUAUACACAUGUCUGUCAUUGUACCCUUCGAUGAUGCUAGUCCCUUCAACGUUCGAAAGAUCAGACCUGCCAUAGAGGUGGCAAAACAAACACUGGAAAGAGAUCAAAUCCUUUCAGAGUCUGCAACAAUUGUGUUCCAUUACGGAGACUCUCAAUGCCACCACACGUACUCGAUGAACGAAGCAAUCAAGCUGCACAUGCGUCAUCAAGUGGACGUCUUUCUUGGACCCGUCUGUGACAUCGCUGCCGCUUGGAUCGCCAUUCAGUUUAUGGUUCUGUGUGCCUCUCCCGAUACCGUCCGGGAAAUCAUGAUAAAAGCGCACGAGCUAAACUUCGAUAAUGGCGAAUACGUCUUCUUAAAUAUUGACCUCUUCAGCAGUGAGAACGCCCUUGUUCGUCUCUGGCACUGA